AUGGCCGGAGACGGGUGUGGCGUCGAGUUUGAGAGCAACAUGCAGAGUGAUGUGUCAACCAGUUACAGCCUAUGGUGGUGGGAUCGAGUGUCAUGGUACAAGUUUCCCCAAAGGACGGCCUCGAAGCAAAAUGAACUGUUUUUGCUUUUCACGUCCGACUAUAUUAUAGAGGAGACGGGGUUCAAGAUUGAAGUAGCGCAAAUGCAAGAAGUGAGCUGCGGAACGGACGAUGUGCCUUGUAGUUCGUCAGCCUCGUCUGAGUUUGUGUGUGUACAAAAUAACACUUCAGAGAGAGGUCUGCAGGUUUGCCAGCCCUAUGGUAUAUGCGGACCAAGAAACAUAUAUUUGCUAAGUGGAGCUCUAAGUUUAAAGUCACCACAGUUUCCGGGCGACUAUCCAGCGAACGUAAUAUGUUGUUGGCGACUCUAUUCAAUCCGAUCCACCAGUAAUUCGUCCGUUAUCAUCGAAGUAGUCCAGUUCCGAACGGAGAUGGAACAAGAUAUUUUACGUAUCGAGUCUUACGGUCAGGAAAACAAGACGUUUGAGUUGGACGGAGCGACAAAGGUGCGUUCAAUAUACAUGAACUCGACGGAUAGGAUUCAACUUUCGUUUGCCAGCGAUUCAACUGUGGAACAUUCAGGUUUUCACCUGCGAAUUCGGAUGGAAGUUGAUACCCAAACGUCAUUCUGCCCAGGCGGUACUACCAUUGAUUGUUUAGACGACUCGUGUGUGGAUAGCAACGCUUCAUGUGACGGAAUCAAAGAUUGCCAGACUGGAGUAGACGAAGCAAAUUGCGAAGACGUAAAGUGCCCAGACUUUCACCAUUGCAAGAACACCAGUGAGUGCAAGUACAAAUGGGUGAUUUGCAAUGGAUAUAAAGACUGCCCUCUGGGUGAUGACGAAGAGAAUUGUGAUCGCCACUGUCCUUCUGGCUGUAAGUGUUACUACGACAACAAUGACUUAGUGGUUACUUGUGACAAUGGUUGGACUAAAAGAACUGUUGAAGGUAUCGUCAUUAGUACGAAGAGGAUGACACUGUCUGGAGGUAAUAUUAGUAAACUCGAUGAUGGGUUGUUCAAGAGAUUCCUGCACUUGAAAGCACUGUGA